UGAUGACGGCUGGAAUGUAAGUGUCUGGAAUGGCUCGCGCGAGUCGACAAAUUGGAUCUUUGCCCACAAUUUCUUAGGGUUUUCCAUCUAUUUUCCUUUGAAGGGGUUUUCCAAAUUCAAGCUUUUGUUUUUAUGUUUGUGGCGGCUUCUUGACCCUCUACUUCUCUCACCCCCGCCGUCACAGGCUGGGAUUGCUACCCUCCAAUGUCUCUCUUCCCGUCCCCCGCGGUUGAUCAAUUCCCCAACGGCUACGAUCAUCGCCUUUCCUCCAAGCGCAAGUUUGACGAUUAUGCCCUUGCUAUCGGCGACGAGCAAGACGACGAGACUCCCUUAGUUCCCGUCAGAAUGCGAAAAGACGAUCCCCGCCAUCAUGUCCACCACCCAGUAACGACCGUUGAUCCCUCGUCCAAGGCGCCGGUUUUCUCCUUCCCCGCCUCUCACGUCGAUUCCCGCCCUUCAUCGUCCGCCAGUUGUUCAUCAACCCGCCUCCAAUUCUUCAUCCGGAUGUUCUCCCAGGGCAACACCAUGGUGGUUACGGCCAAUCCGGAGGACACGGUCAAAUCCCUCCACGAACGGAUUUAUGUAAUGACGGGAGUCCCGGUCAUGGAACAACGGUUAAUUUAUCGCGGGAAACAGCUACAGCUGGAGCAAUCCCUAGCGGACUGCGACAUCCAGAAUGAUGCCAGUCUCCAACUCGUAGGUCGUAUGCGAUCCACUGACCACCCACAAACCUGGCAGGUCAUGGACGACAUGGUUUCUCUUAUUUGCCGCCUUUGCCGAGGAGAAAUGGUACAUUCCCCAUCCAAAAGCAUCAAAGAUUGCUUGAACAAAUUCUUCACAAUUACUCCAAAGGACAACAACGAAGCCGUUCAUGCUCACUUGCAGAUUUUUAUGGCAUCUUCGGCUCAUGCCGCUUUGGUAAUGCUUUAUAUGUCUCCUGUUACCGGUAAUAAGCAGUGUGCUGAUAGUUCAAUAAGACAUUUCUUAACUUCAUGUAGGAGUGCCUUAUCAAAAGAGCUGCAUUCUUACUGUAUACCAAUAGUAUUAGAGUUUUGCAGUUUACUUCGGAAUGUUGUUAAUGAGGAUAGUUUGUAUACUUCUUGCCGGAGUACACUGGGCAUGCUGCUCGAAAGUUUUAGCGGUUCUCUUGCUUUAAUGCUGCCGAAGGUUGAAGGAUUGAUUACCAUGAAGGAUAUUUUCCCCUUUAUUAGCGAGUUGGCUGGUCAUUUAACUGCAGAGUUGGAUUCUAGUUUAGAUUCUACCACGAGUGGGGGACCAUUAUCAAGUGAUGUCCGGGAUUUCACAGCAUUCUUGAACCCUUUGAGGUCCAUUUUUGAGCAUUUGUGUUCCCGAGUUCCAGUAUCAGCUGAUUGGAAAAAGAAGGAUUACUACCAUCCUCGGGAGAUGGAGUUUCUUCAUGCUAUAUUUAAUGAUUUGUUGUAUAAAAUGGAAAAAUGCCUUAUCAGAGUGGAGGAAAGCUUUGCAGCAACAGGAAGCGGUGAAGAUGAAUUCUUUCAUUUAGGGUGGUCUCAGUAUCUUUCCAUUUUGAAGGAACUGAAUGGCAUCUCCAAACUUUAUCAGGGUGCUGAAGAACAGUUUUGGAUGGUUUUGAGGAAUAGGAGGUCCUCAUUGUGUGCCUUAAUAAUUAGAUUCACCAGGCAAAAUGAUGAUCAUCAAUGGCUACUUGAGCACAAGGAUGUCACUGAUUUUGAAUCCAGGAGGCAUUUGGCCAUGAUGAUGUUUCCUGAGGUAAAAGAAGAUUAUGAGGAAUUGCAUGAGAUGCUGAUUGACAGGUCUCACUUAUUGGCAGAAUCAUUUGAAUACAUUGCUCGUGUGGACCCUGAAUCACUUCAUGCUGGUCUAUUCAUGGAAUUCAAAAAUGAAGAAGCCACUGGCCCUGGUGUACUGAGGGAGUGGUUUUUCUUGGUAUGCCAGGAUAUAUUCAAUCCAGAGAAUGCCCUUUUCGUGCCUUGCACAAAUGAUCGUAGAAGAUUUUUUCCUAAUCCUGCAUCUAGGGUGGAUCCUUUGCACCUUGAGUAUUUCAGUUUUGCUGGUCGUGUGAUUGCACUAGCGUUGAUGCAUAAAGUGCAAGUGGGUAUUGUCUUUGAUCGUGUAUUUUUCUUACAAUUGGCUGGAAUGGAUAUUUCUCUGGAAGAUAUACAAGAGGCAGAUCCGUGCUUGUAUAGCAGCUGCAAGAAGAUUUUGGAGAUGGAUGCUGAAUUUGUUGAUUCAGAUGCUUUAGGACUGACAUUUGUUAGAGAAGUUGAGGAGUUAGGAUCGAGGAGAGUUGUGGAACUAUGCCCUGAUGGAAAAAACAUUGCUGUAAAUAGCAGUAAUAGGCAGGAAUAUGUUAACCUUCUUAUUCAUGAUCGUUUUAUAACAUCUAUUUCUGAACAGGUAGACUAUUUUUCCCGGGGUUUCAGCCAUAUUCUUUCUAACUCAAGGCUUCAGAAGUUCUUUUUCAAAAGUUUAGAGCUUGUGGACCUUGACUGGAUGCUAUAUGGAAGUGAAAGUCCCAUUUGUGUUGAAGACUGGAAAGCACAUACGGAGUACAAUGGCUACAGAGAAAGUGAUCCUCAAAUAACCUGGUUCUGGGAGAUUGUUAAGGAAAUGUCAGCAGAGCAAAGGAAGGAACUUCUUUUCUUCUGGACCUCAGUCAAGUAUCUUCCGGUCGAAGGUUUCCGUGGUUUAGCCUCACGGCUUUGUAUAUAUAAGUCGACAGAGCCUUGUGAGAAUCUUCCUUCUUCUCAUACCUGCUUUUACCGGAUAUGUUUUCCACCAUAUCCCUCCAUGGGUGAAAUGCGAAAACGUCUUAACUUUAUUACUCAGGAACAUGUUGGGUGCAGCUUUGGUACCUGGUAACAGAACAUUAAGUUAAAUUUGCAUUUUGGGGGCGGGUGUUAACUGCACAUAGAAAAAA